AUGGUUGAAGUUAGUCUGCUUUGGUUUUGCUUUAAAACUGUACUUUUCUAACAUCCAUCACAGUUAUCUUAAAGAAUUACAGAAUAACAUGGAAUUGUUCAUAAAAGUUUACCGUCGCUUUCCGUCGUCUCUGCUAGAAUUGUCAAAAGCAGUGACAGAUGUAGUUGAUUAUCUAGCAAGUUUUUUGGAAUAUUUGUUUCCAGAUUUUGGCGCAAUAUAAAAAUGUUGGAAAAGGUGGCUAAAGAUUACGCGGCGUAUUUUAAACUAGAUGUUGAAGAUGGAUUUCAAACAGUACGAGAUGUUAUUGACAGCAUGAUAACUAGACUGGAAGAAUUAAAUAGUGUCGUGCACAUGAUAAAGUUAAAAAAUAGUGAUUGUAACGCAGCUGUAACAACAGACAUUAAUAAAUACAGAGCAGAAAUCACAAUAUUGUCUAAAAAAAUUGUUACUUUAAAUGAAGUAGUGAUAACAUUGCAGCAAAACAUGGAUAAAAUAGAAAAACAAGUUGAAAAGGCAGAGUCACACUUUGGUAUAAAUAAUGAUAGUAAACUAACAAGUUUACUGAGGCCUUUUUUAAAAAGAAAUCGUGAAACUCCAACUGUGUCUGAUGAAAUUCCCAAUUUAGAAACACUUUCUAUAACUAGUGUUAUGCAUAAUUUUGAGGAUAAUAUAUCCUGAUAUUACAAUACCUUAAUUUGUUAUACUUGAUAUGUUAACAUAGUUUGUUGUUAAGUAUUUAAUAAAAAACCUUUUAAAGAAA